AUGCGCACGCUAAAAAGACUGCUUCUCUCUCGAUCAUCAUCAGCGCUGCCAAAGAACAACAACAACAACAACAACAACAAAACUUCCCGCUUUUACUACUACCACGACCAUCGAAAAGCGAUGAUUACGACGAGGAUGAUGUCAUCUCUCACGUUUGCGCCUACAACUCCAGCAGCGAUUGUGUUUACUAAGAACAGUAACAACAAACACGCGACGACGAGAAGAGGAACGACGAUGAGAACCUUCGCGUCGUACGCGCAACCAAACAUGUCGUCGGAUAUGCAACAACAACAAAGAACGGCACCGCCGGCGACCGUGGAAUGGGACUCGACGUUGGCAAAUUCCGUCACUUUGAUUGGGAACUGUGGAGGCGAUCCAGAGCUGAGAGUUUUGCCGAGCGGGAAGAUGGUGUGCGAGGUGUCCAUCGCGGUGAGUCAAGGAAGGAAAGCGCAACAACAACAACAGCAAAAUGAUGAAGAAAAUGACGGCAAGACGGCGUGGUAUACCGUCGUCGCUUGGGACGAGGAAGCGGUGCGCUUGAACGAACACGUGCGUAAAGGGAAUUCGGUGUGCGUGCAGGGAAGGUUGACCACGGACACGUGGGUGUGCAAGCAAACCGGGCAGAAUAGGAGUAAAGCGAAGGUAGUGUUGAAUCAGUUUUCGUUCGUGGCGAGAGGCGAGAGCAUGGUGAGUAACAAUACCAACGGCGUCGGAUACGAGCCGAUGAGACAACAACAACAACAACAACAAUUUUCGCAAGGAGGAUACGAACCGAUGCAACAACAACAGCAACAACAACAACAACAACAGCAACAAAGAUCGCCACCACCGCCACCGAGCGGAGAUGGUUUCCAAUCGCCAAAAGACGCGUUGUGGCGUUCAGUUUUUGAUGCUCCGGACAGAUGGUGGGAUAACCGCGAAAACAAAAGAAACCCGCGCGCGCCGGAUUUCAAGCACAAAGAUACCGGCGAAGGCUUGUGGCUCACCGGGAGAGAUACGCCGCCGUGGGUCAUGGAACGCAUGAUGGGCGGUGCGGCUGGCGCAGCUGCUGGUGCAAUGGCGACGGGUCAAGACGAUUCUGAUGGCUAUUACGGCGCGAGCAAAGGCACCGCGUACAACAAUCCGUACGGAAACCAAGAGCCUGCGGUGAACGCGAACGAUUACUCUCAGGCGUACGAUCCGAACAACGGCGGGUACGAACCCGCGCAAGAGUGGCCAGACGACGAGGUGCCGUUUUAA